UAGAGCAGGGAUCUUCAGCAAGGGGAAAUUUGUUCCCAAACACUCAUUUGCAAGAUUUCCCGUUUAUACUACUUUGCCGCUUCACUCAGCACGAUGACCCGCACUUAUGUUAGCCGAAUGCACUGCCUAGGGGCAGGGGUAGGUGGCCAAGGUAGCCCUAGCGGGCUUGGCAGUCUUGGAGGUGCUAUUGGCGUGAUCCGAGCUCUUGGAGUCCUUGUGUGUGAAGGAAGAAUCCAGGGUCCUCCUCGAGGAUACAAGGAGGGUCCACAUUGUGCCGCUCCCUUAGAAACGAGACCCAAUAAUCAUGUCUGUGAAAGGGAGAAUUAUUUAUGUGAAAGGUAUCAAACAUUAAUUAAUGAAAUAGAAGAUAGAACAGUAAUUGGUUCAUUUUUAUGCGUGGAGGUUUUACUCUGCAGCGACUGCCCAUGUGGGCUCUUGAAAACUACAUGUAAAGAUCCAUUAUUCCUCGUGUCAUCCAAAUCGCCAUGGCAAAGUUCGUCAGAAAUCCUCCUGGAAUAUUGGUGCAUUGGCAACAUUUCAAGCAAGCACCCUGAAACGAUGAAUUCACAAGGUCUGUACCAAGCGGUUCGCUCUCGAUUGCACUUCAGUCAAGUGGCUGCUUGGUGGUCACGGAGUAAUGGUGCCAACCCAGUCUACGUUGCUACGAGGGUUGUGCCAUACAACGAUGAUCACCUCAGAAAAUUUCGAGAAACCCCUGUGGAGCAUACUUUUCCUUUGGCAGGCAGUGGAGAUGGAAAUUCCAUCAAGGUCACUGUUUGGGCAUUGCCACGAAUGGAAAAUAUUCCUGUCAUGAGCUGUUCGCUACACCCAAUAAAGGAAGAUGAAGACAGCGUAGCUCGAGCACUGACACCAACCAAAAUUAUUCCAAUAUCUUCCAUCUCGCAAACACCUGAUAUUUUCGCCUUACCCGCUUUGUUGGAUGAUAGACUGCAGACUCCAUGUGACAAAUCCGGAAAACAUGAUUGUCGUUAUGAGGAAGAGGAUGGAAGUCUCCCUUCACCCUCAAUUAGAUCAGCUAGCGAGAGAAAGAGGCGUAGAUCCCUUCCGUGCGGUCCAUCAGAAACGUGCAUGUCUAUUCAUCCGUCUCCCUUGACACCAGUCCAAGAAGAUACAACACGGGAAUUAAGAGACCAACAUUCCAAGUAUUACUAUAUUGGCAUCAAUUCUAUAUUGGAGCCACCACAAGUAGUGCAGAUUGAGGAGAAUAGUUUAAAGAAUAACAGCACUCCGAGUUUUGAUCAUUUAGAGCACAGUUUUAAAACCUUCAGCGUGAAAGAUCAAGAUGAGAACGUGGAAAAGAAAUACAAAAGCACCUUUGACAAUCCUGAUCAGUUGAAUGUGAAAACCUUCAGUCGACCACCCGGGACUUCUCGUAAAAAUGAAACAAGUCAAGGAGCUAGUAUUGGUUUCUUGGAAGAGGACGAAUCACCUGUUGCACACAUGCCUGUGAAAUCUUGGUUAUUAGGUGCCUUUAACGAGCUACAGGGUCCCUGCAGUGCGAAAAAUACAAAUAUCUUUGCAAAAGUGCACGGGAAAAAUGGAAUACUCAACAGCAAUUGGGCAAACAAGAUGGUACCGCCAAUAUCUGACGAGACAAAUCUUCUGAUUUGUCCCUUCCAAGAGCGGAUCCUAUUUUACGAUUCAAAUCCCGGUCCCUGGGCGUACGUCUAUAAUGCGCAUUCCUAUCAAGUUCCUUAUCACAUGGCUCCUUCAACAUGCAGAUUCCACCAAACUCACAAUAAAAUCAAUCAUUUUAAUACGACAGUAACCAAACCUUUGAUUAAUUUUGACAGUGUUGCGAAUCUUGAAACCACCAAGAGUCCAGUGGCUAAAGAGUAUACGCAUUUGAUGUCGAAAUUGUCCUUCCCUGAGGUGAGAAACAACUGCAACAAAAAUGGUAUUUUUGAUUGGAUGACUAAAGUUCCGGGUCGAGUUCUAGGCGUCGUUCCCAGCAGUACGAGCUGUAAAGAAAAUUCAAAGGUCAGCACAAUCCAAAAUCCUCGCGCUAAUGAUGUUAAAGUGAAAAGUUGUAAUUUGAAACUUAGUCAGUGGGAAUUUGACGAAGUUAUGGCUGUGCUAAGAGCAAGGACACCCUCAGAAAGGAGAAGGGCUCCUGUAAAGAACUUGAAGAAAAGGGAGAGAAACGAAAAGCUAGAGAAACAAAAUUCCAAGUUUAACACUGAAGGUUCAGACGUUGGAUUCGUAUAUGAGUUUCACGAUGUUUAUUCCCCUGAAGAUUGCGCGUGCAUUUCCUGCAAUAAGUUUAGUCAAACCAAGAAGAAGAUCUUUGGGUACAAAGAAAAACAUGUGUGUCCAAAACUUAAAAAAUCAGAGGAUCAAAGCAAACCAGAUUACGUCGAAAGCGUUUCGAAUAAGGCUGACGUGUUGCUGGGAGCUAUCCUGAGGACAAGUAAGGACAGGAGGGGACUGGUAGAUAUCUCAAACGAAUCAAGGUCAAGAACCAUGUUGAGUGAUGAGAACGAAAAAAGCAAGGAACCAAAAGACACUCUCGAACAGGAGAAGUCAUUACAUUCAGCCUUGAACAAGAGACUGAUUCAAUUUAGACAGCUCUUCAAGAGAGAGGAGAAGCCAGAUAUUUUGACGUUGGAAGAUCAUUCCAAAGAAAGUUUGAACGCAGUGCCAGCAAAAAAACAGCAGAAAGGUAAGACUAGAAUCAACUUUUUGAAUAAGGAUGAGAGCUUGCAAGAUUUUGUUGUUUAUUCUGAGACCAGUUUAACGAGCGCAUAUACUGACUCAAAAUUCCAUAGUACAAAUUUCAAAGAAGAAUUUCAAGUAUAUGACCGUGUCUUUUCGGACGUUAUCAUACAUCAAAAAGUUAAAGCAGGAGAGCGGAGUACAAAACCAAAUGAAAUACUAAAGUCAAAAUAUAAUGCAGGGGAUGACUUUGUACGCUAUGGCAUUCAGCAGAAUGAAGCUGUUGUUUUUACAUCAGAGGAAAACAGUGACAUUAUGUCUUCCAAAUUGCGUUGCAAUCAGAGACAUUUUGUGGAAGAGGACGAAACUCUUGAGAAGAUCGUUCCUUCCGCUUUAGAGCAGGAGAGGUUCAGAAGAUCAUUAGAAAAUGCGGCGUCUAUGGUCUUUCAUAGUAGAACGGGAUUACCACUUACAUCCAGCCCGGCGCCACUAAGAAAGGGGAGCUGCUGUUUCGAUUUUGACAGCAGCUUGAACUCAGUCUCAUCAAAGAGAAGUGCAAUUUUUGAAUUAAACACACCACCGAGCCCUGGUGCGGUGUCAUUGGAGGAAACUGACAGGGAAACGGAAAAUACAUGUGAUGGCGAAGAGGUUGUGAGACGACGUUCUAAUUCUCGCAAUAGACCGCAGAGUCAUGCUCUUUUAGGAAGCUUCGAAGAAUCAGCGUUAAACGGCAGAUUGGAACCGGUGUCGACUGUCCAUGGUUUCACUGCCGAAUUAGGAGCGAGUGGCUCGUUUUGUCCAAAACACCAAAAACUACCUGUAACUGUAUUCUUCUAUACCCUUGGAGAUAAUGAUAAAGUCUCCACACCUUAUCUUGCUCAUAUUAACCUAGGCAAAAAAGGUUAUCAAGUACCAAGAAGUGGAACUGUACAAGUAACUUUAUUGAAUCCUCUCGGUACUGUUGUAAAAAUGUUUGUAGUACUCUACGAUCUUUCCGAUAUGCCUACACGAUCUCAUACUUUUUUACGUCAAAGAACUUUGCGAGACAAGACAUUGCGCUACCUCAUUCAUCUUAGGCUCACGAAGGCUACGCUGGAAACAAUUAUAACGAGGGUUGGUUGUCCAUCCAACUCCAUCGUUUACUAUUCGCACCUUCUGAAAUAUUUGUCCUAGAUGAUUACAAUUUGGCCUGGAUGUUAACCUGCCGCGAUGUCUUCGAGCCGAAAUAUUUUCAUCUGCUUGGCUAUUAUGUUUUUAUGUUUAUCAGUAGUUGAAAGCUAAGAAAAAUGAAGUAAUUUGGUUUGGUCUCAAAGCGAUCAGGACGGAACAUUAGCGAGGGAGACUCUCCGAAGCAGAUACAAGCAUCUUCUUCGACAGAUUUGGUCUUCAAAACUGUCGGCGUUGAAAAAGACACCUGCGACUAACAUACUUGCCGUCCCGGUUGUACUCUACUCGUUUGGGUUAGCUUAAUGAACAAAGAACGAUCUUAUGGUUCUUAAUAUCUCCACACCUCAGAUCAUGAAUAUGCAUAUGUAUAAGAAAUUGCAUAACGAUUCAUCUGUUCUGCGAUUAUACAUCUCACGCCUUCAAGGCGGAUGCGGACUUCUAAAUCUCCAGUGUCUUCAUAACCGAUAUGUUCUUAGUACAGAUUACAUCGUUGCAAAUAGCAGAGAUUCUCUCCUAAAUAUGGUCAGGAACCACGAUCUGAUUGGCAAAGGAGCGUUGCUUCACAAAGCCGCGGAGCAGACGGCCGAGAUUCUGAGCGGAGGCGUAAAAACCGUGCCGAAUGCUGAAUGGCAUCUAUGCCAGGUGGCUUAAACGGUGUAUCUGGGAUACCUGGCGACCUCUCAGAGUAUUCAGCCUUGUCCUUGCAUGCGGGGCUCUACAAGGACAGACAAACCUAUUCUCUAGCUGCUCGUGGGAACAACAAUGACACCACUAAACCACAAAAAAGUUACAGAAGCGGUUCAAUACGAUCGAACGCACGGAGCACCCGACAAUGGAUCGGCAAACAGUGCCGAUCACCCUAGAGAUCGGGGUGCUAUAAAUAAUUAAGAUGGAAACACGAUGACGAGCUGGAGAAACGCUUACAUUGAAUGGACGAAUCAACUCAAGGAUGACUUGUUAGACUGCUACGAUGCCAGCAUUAUCCUUGUUCACGUAGGUUUUAUGGCGCGUAUGUAAACUUUGUGGUGCUAGGAACGCCCUGAGCUUCAGCACGUUUCGCAUUAGUCAUUGAGAAAUCAACAUGCCAACCCUUCUUAAGGAUGGCUGAUUCAACGCGAAGGCCAAAACCAACAAUGGAUCAAAAGCCCAAAGGCGCUUGCAUCAAUUGAGCAGGAAGGUUGGAUGGACAAGAUAGAAUGCGUCCCUUGUUCAGUGUAUGAUUGAUUACAUGACAUCUGGUAAACCGUUCACCGAAAGAUUUCGAAAGUUCGCCCAUGAUAACUAGGGUGGACCCAUUCCCGCACACUAUUUGACUCUGCAUUUUUGAAAGGGGCGCUGCAAAUGCCAUCUCCAAGUUUUGGAAGUCAGCAUUGAAAUGUAAAAAAAUUAGUUGUGAAAUUCAAUAAAGCUAAAAUAGAAUAUUAAAGGCCCUGAACUUGUAUAUAUGAUUGUUAUUAGACACCUGGUUACAUAAUCAGAGCAAAGGAGUCUCCCCGAAUUAGGUACAAGCGUCUCCUUUUGACAGAUUUGAUCUUUUAAACUGUGGCGUCAAACAAAGUAUCUGUGACGAUUAUGUGUCCGUUUCGCGAUUAUAUAUGCCACGCCGUCAAAGCGGGCGCAGACAUCUAAUUUUUCAAUGCAACGAGCGAUGCUUUACAAAGCCUAGAAGAAGGCAGUCUACAUUCAUGGGCUGAACUUUAACAUCAGAAGCGAGGAAAGUACGUUACUCAAUCUUGAUGCCUAACUUCUAAAAGCCGAAACGAAAACAUUUACAGAAAUGUAGAAGAUCAGUGAGCACGAUCGCGGUAGAACAACUUAACGUUUCGGUGUAAUUCUUUUUAAUUCUUAGAAAUUAUUUGGCGAGGUUCCGAUCGUUCUUUUUUGAAAAAUUUCAUUUUGCUGAUUUUCGGCAGCUUCAAAUAGAAGAGAAAAAAGGGUAAAAAAUAACUUUUUUGGUAAAAGAUCUGCUGUUUUGCGAAAAAUCAAAAUUUCGCAAAAGUGAACGAUCGGGAACUCAACAUUUACAUGUGAAAAAGUUAAGGUGUAUCAUUCAAUAAAGCUACAAUAGAAUAGGAAAAGUCAUGUGUUGAAAUCUUUUUUAGUUUUUCCACAGUAAAUUCUUGAAAAUUGGCUCGAAAAUUUGCCUAGAAGGUGUAACUCUCCCUUAAAGACGGCAACCUCCAAUCCAUAGUGGCUGGUUC